GAUCACAGGUGAGUGAGAGAGACGGAAGCGGAGAGGAAAGCGCAGAUCCCAAGGCAGAGACACAACCCAGUAGCAGAAGCAUAAUAAUGAACAGAAAAAAAGAAGAAAGUUGUGGCAAGGAACUGACAUGGAUCGAGUGUAUAUGGCCAAUCAUAGAACAUCUCUUGACUCGUAUAACAAAUGGCAAUAAAGAAGAAGAAGAAUGGAGCAACAAUAACAAAAAAGCACAUGCUAUAAAUGAAGAUGAUGAGGGAAGAGUAAUCAAAAGAAGCAAUAGCAACAAAAAGGUGGAAAUCGCAUAUGAUGAUGAUAAUGAGAGAAAAGCAAUGAACAAUACUGACGAAGGAAGUAGUAACAACGAGAAGGCACAUAUUGCAGGUGGUGGUAGUGGGAAAGGAGAAAUGGACAUUAAAGAACAAGGAAGCAUUUACAACAAAUGGUCACUAAUUGGAGAUGAUGUCUUGGGCUUCAUUCUAAACACUUAG